CGAACGGAACUGAUACAGAGGGACAGUUUGAUGGUAAAGUAUUAGUGCGGGCGCGCGAAUGUUGUGAGUCAGAUGCCGAAGGCGACGUUUCGGAAAAUCUUAAGGCCUGGUGAUGAUGUGCAGUGUAAUGUGGCGGUUGCUGUGUAGGAGCAUGACACAUGGAUAUUUGUUGCAAUUUUUCCUGCUGCUUUUGAUGCUUCUUCAGUGUACGCAUGGCUCCGGAAUCUUCGAACUCCAAGUCCUGGAAAUGUCUAACCCGCGUAGCGAACUAUCCAACGGGGAAUGCUGUGGGGGCGGUGUCCGGUCGCCCGUCACAAAUCGGUGUUCUGUUCCGUGUCAAACAUUCUUUAGACUGUGCUUGAAAGAAUACCAGAGUAACGUGACCAGCAAUGGACUGUGCUCCUUCGGAAAUACCUCCAGCCACGUCAUAGGCAGGGAUUCCUUCACCUUAGCUGAUCCAGAUAGAGGGAAGUUGGUGUUGCCUUUUACGUUUCGAUGGACGAGGUCGUUUACACUGAUUCUUCAGGCUGUGGAUCAUAACAAUUUUUCAUCACCCGUUUCCAACAACAUCAUUGAAGAAGCCACCUACUCCGGUAUUAUAGACCCCAGUCCGGAAUGGCAUACUCUUAACCAUAGAGGACCUCGUGCACGGCUGACAUACAGAGUGCGCGUCAUAUGUGAUACGCAUUACUACAAUUCCACGUGUACAAAAUUUUGCCGACCAAGAAACGAUUCUUUCGGCCAUUUUAUCUGUGAUCAGACCGGUGAGAAGCAAUGUAUAGACGGGUGGAAAGGAGCGACAUGCGAAACAGCUGCUUGUAAACCGGGUUGCCACCCAAUUCACGGAAAAUGUGAAAAUCCUGGGGAAUGCAUAUGCCGACCUGGUUGGAGAGGAGACUACUGUGAUCAAUGUGAACCCUAUCCAGGAUGCAAGCACGGAUACUGCAAUGGAUCUUCGUGGCAAUGCAUAUGCGACACAAAUUGGGGAGGAAUUUUAUGUGAUCAAGACCUAAACUACUGCGGUACGCACGAGCCCUGUCUAAACGGUGGCACUUGUGAGAACACCGCCCCCGAUAACUACCUGUGUACGUGCCCCGAGGGUUUUUCUGGUGCUAACUGCGAGAUCGUAGACAAUCCCUGCGCCCCGGCGCCAUGCCUGCACGGCGGCACCUGCAUCGAGGCCGGGGGCUCUUUCAGCUGUGAGUGCGGCAAUGGAUGGACGGGACCCACCUGCAAUAUUGAUUUUGAUGAAUGUGCUUCAGCUCCUUGCCAAAAUGGCGGUUCCUGCAUUAAUCUAGAAAACUCCUUUAUGUGCAAUUGUUCCAGCGCCUGGGAAGGCAACGUUUGUCAGUUUGACGCCGACGAAUGUCUCAAUAAUCCCUGCAUUAAUGCCGUAUCAUGCACCAAUCUAGUAGGCGAUUAUCAUUGCAAAUGCAGAGUGGGCUGGAUGGGAAAAAACUGUGAUCAGAACAUCAACGAUUGCGUUGGCCAAUGUCAACAUGGUGCAACUUGUAUCGAUUUAGUCAACGAUUACCAUUGCGCUUGUAAGCCCGGAUAUACAGGGAGAGAUUGCCACACCGAUAUAGAUGACUGCGAAUCAAAUCCAUGCAAAAACGGUGGAGAAUGUGUAGACCAAGUAAAUGGAUACAAGUGUAUCUGCCCUGUAGGAAUCACUGGCCACGAGUGUGAGAACGACUAUGACCACUGCAAUCCAGAUCCCUGCCAAAAUGGUGCUCCCUGUUUUAAAACUCAAUCUGACUAUUACUGUCAUUGUCCAGAGGUAUGGCAAGGAAAAAACUGUAGUCAAGCCAAAGUUUUGUGUGAUGGCACUUCUUGCGAUGAGGGAAUUGAGAGCUGUGUAGUAGUUUCAGUAGGAGGAACCAGGAUUUCUGCACCAAGCGUUUGCGGUGAACAUGGCCAUUGCGUAAAUCAAGCCGGCGUCGGACAUAAAUGCCAGUGCAAACCAGGUUAUACGGGGAAAUACUGCCAUGAAAACAUCAACGAUUGUAAAGUAAACCCUUGCGAAAAUGGCGGUACCUGUGUGGACAAAGUCAACGCUUUCCAGUGCAUUUGUAUCGAAGGAUGGGAAGGUGCUUUAUGCAGUAUAAAUACUGAUGAUUGCUCUCCUAAUCCUUGCCGCAAUAAUGGAACCUGCAUCGAUGGCGUCGCUGACUUCGAGUGUGACUGCAACGACGGAUGGAAAGGCAAAACUUGUUCCUUGAAAGAUAGUCACUGUGAUCAUUCCACGUGUAAAAAUGGCGGAACAUGUCAGGACUUGGGAAACACCUUUAUAUGCAGAUGUCCACCAGAUUGGGAAGGAACAACAUGUCACUUGGCCAAACAAACAGCGUGCAAAUCAAAUCCCUGCUUGAACGGAGGAACUUGCGUCAAUACCGGUGACUACUAUCAAUGCAUUUGUAGAGAUGGAUUUGAGGGUAACCAUUGUCAAGAAGACGUCAACGACUGCAGUCCGCAACCUUGUUACAACGGAGGAAAAUGUAUUGAUGGCGUUAACUGGUUCCUUUGCGAAUGUGCACCAGGAUUUACUGGACCUGAUUGUAGAAUCAAUGUCAACGAAUGUGCUUCGAAUCCUUGCGGAUAUGGUGGCACAUGUAUAGAUGAUAUUGGAGAUUUCAAAUGCAUUUGUCCUCCAGGAAGAAAAGGAAAGAGAUGCAACCUUAACGACUUGACGUAUCUCCCAUCACCUGGUAGCUGUCCGUGGAAUAGUCACACUCUUGAAAACAACGUCACGUGGCAACACGAAUGCAAUACAUGCAUGUGUAACAAUGGCAUAGUUAAAUGUACAAAAGUUUGGUGUGGACUUAAUAACUGUAGGUCUAACCAACAAAAUAUGUGCACCUUAACACAAGUCUGCGUUCCAUCCGCUCUAGAGUCUUGUCUUUCGCCCCCUUGCCUUCCCUACGGUGAAUGUAGAGACCUAGAAAGUGGAAGAAGAGUCAAACCACCUUCGGUACCCACACCCAGUACGUGUUGGCCGAAUCAAGCUGUGCUCAGUAACACGUGUGCCAGACUGACAUUGUUAGUGGAUAGAAUCAAACUUCCACAAGGAACUACGGUUGAAGGAUUAUGUGGAGACUUGAGAAGGUUGCUUGCAAAUCAGCAGGCGAUCGAAGGUCUUCAAGAUUCAUUGGUGCUUCUUUGUGACUUAAAGACGGGUUACAAUGAUACAGUAGAAGUAACACUAUCUGGGGAUCGUUGGGUGCUGGAUGGAAUUCGAGUUGUUGGCGAAGCUAUAUCCAGGAAACAAACAAGCCUUCUGGGAUUAGCCUCCAUCGUAGAAGUAAAGGUAGAAACUGCUCUUGUAUCAGGAGAACAACAAAGUAACUCGUACCUCAUCGCUUUGGUUUGUUUAAUUAUAAUCGGAUUAUGCGCAGCUGCGUUUGCUGCUGUUCUGUAUAUACGACAACGAAGAAGAAAUCUUGGACUUAGCGGCGUCAACUUGUCGCCUUCCACCGAUGCUUGCCAUAGAAAUCACGAAGAUGAAAAAUCGAAUAAUUUACAGAACGAAGAAAAUUUAAGAAGAUAUGCCAAUCCUCUUAAAGACGAUGUAGGUAGCUUAGCCAGCAUAAACUCAUUGGAUAUGCCACGCGUCAGCGUAGUUCGACCAAUGUCUAGCAUUCUUCCCCACGACAGUUCCAGCGAGAUGUUAGAAAUGAUCUCAGAAAUCGACUGUCCAGGCUCACGAAAGACAAUGCUGGUGUUACCUAGCACCAGCGCUUCAGACACGGGUCUAAAGCUUCACGAAGGUGUCAAAGUGACUGAGGGCCUUAACAGCGCCCACCGCAGCAGCCAAAUAAUGCUUUACAAAGCCCAAAAUCCGGACGUUCGGAAAAACACUGCCGCUUUCGAUGAUUCAUCGGGACACAAGGACUUUAGUAAAAAUAUUAUUAAUGUUAAUAAGCAAAGGACUUCACAACAUCAGAUGCAGCAACAUCAGCAGCAGAGUAGUAGUGCGGAUGUGCUAACGGUACUUGUCUGAAGGCCAGUGUUUUUAAAUGUAUUGUGGUAACUUAAUAUGGGGUCCCAAACUCCAUCGUUAACUGAUUAAUGUUAACAAAAUGAACCUUAUUUAUUAUAAAUUUGCGAUGACAACACCAAAUAGGUGCAAGAGUAUGUAUUUCAGUACAAGUCGACAGAAAAAUCUGAAACCGCCAAGGUCAGACCGAUUGAAAAUUUGGUUACGCGACGUUGUCAGAUCAAUCGGAUUUCAAAUGUUUUUCUGUUUUUUGUUACCUGUUUCACAGUGAAAUUUCCUUCUGCUUCCUCCUGAGUAAAUUUUACUAUAAUUUCACUGGAUUGUGCACUUCUUAGUGUCACAUUUUUCACUUCCCAGGCAACCAAACGACGUUUUUAUAACGUAGAUAACACGUCAUAAAAAUGACCAAUUGACGUGUUUCUAUGACGUAGUACUAACGUUGAAAAUCACGUGUAUUUGUCUCAUCGAUUUGACGUCAUAAUUGUGACGAUUUUAAAACGUAAUGGUAUCUACGUUUUUUCACGUCGGUAAAAUCACGUCUUUAAUACUUUCAAAAAGUGACCUCUUUCAGAUGUUUCAAAAUAGUAUCAAAAAUAGGUCCAUAACAUGAAACCUAUAGGCCUACGUCCCAUGUGUCGAAGAUAUAAAUACUACCACUUGUUUAAGAUCUCUUGUGCGCUAGGCUAGAAGCAUAAUUGAUUCUGCAUGAUUGUACCAGCCCUCACAUUAUAGAAUUUUCACUAGUUAUAUAUACCUACUUGCUGUGUCAAAACUGAAACAACAUAUAUGGAACUAAUAAAUAAUUUAUUAACAAAUUAUCCAGCAUACUUAAUAUCUUAAUUUAACGCUUAAUUAAAAACAAAUAAACAUAACCUCAAAUAGUUGUCAAGAAGAAUUACUGCAUUAAACUAACUCACUGAGCAAAAACACAUAAAAAUCUCUUAAUUUACACGUUUCUUCAACUAAAUAUCUAAAUGAAAAGUCUUAUUUUAUCACACAAGACACAAACCACGUAAACAAUAAAUGAGAAAUGUCUUAUGAACGUUUAGCGUUACCUAUACCGAAACGAAAUUGUUUGGAGUCAAUACAAACAAGCAAGCUCCUUCCAAUUUUGUGACGUCAGUCUUGGCCUCUCUGAAAUUACAACGUUUUUUAAACGUAAUUUUUACGUCCUUAAUCUUACGUUUUUAAAAUCACCUACAAAAGACGUCUAUAUGACGUAAUGUUCAAACACGUGUUAUAUUCAACCAAAAACUGACGUUUUCUCAACGUUAUAUGACGUUUUUUGGUUGCCUGGGUUGUAACAUUCAUUUUUAUUAAAAACAUUUAAAAUGUAUAAAAUGUAUAAUAAAUAUCAGUAUUGGAUGAUUUUAUCUGGCAAUGUCACAAAAGCAUUGAUUUCGUGCACAAUGCAUUUUAAAUGGAUGUUUAUUCUUUGCACCUUUGCGAUCUUUGAUUUACUACCUGAGUUACCUUCAAAAUAUCAGAUAUUUCUAUACAAUUAUAAUGCAAAUUUUGAGAGAACUUAACAAAUAUGAAAUUUUAACAGCAAUUGUUUAGCAAGCAAGCUCAGUAGCGCAAAUAGUUCAUUUCGCUCAGCUCAUCAACAAUUUCUUUUGCUCUAGAUUAGAUGAAGUUUGCCUACAACAACUCUAUACUACUUUGUAAACUUUACUUCAUCAGUGAUAUGUGAAAACUUACUUAGUGUAGACAAGGUUUUAUACGCAGGCUAUCCAGAAUGUACCUACGUUACGUUUUGGAAUAGAAAAAAAAAUCUAUUACAAGAAAAAUAUUUUAUUAUAUGCAUUUGAAAGAGACACUCAAAUACUAUUUUUCUACAUAAUCACCCCAAUAAAUUCAGACACUUUUCAUAGCGGUGAACUAACUUUGAAAUACCAUUGUCAUAAAAUUCUACCGCCUGAGACUUCAACUAGGCGUUCAAAGCCGUCCCGUAGCUCAGCAUUCAGCCCUGUGAUGUAACAAACCCGCUAUAAAUAACGUGUACACAUUAUGUUAACAUAACGUUUGAUUAUAACAGCCUGUAUAACGUGUUGCCAAAAAUUAGAUGUGAUGUAUCAUGUUUUUAACGUGCACCAUGUUAUUUUCAAAACGUUAAAGUAUCGUUUUGCGCGACAAGAAUAACAGUAUACAGAAAUUGAAUACGUUAGAGGAAGACAGACAUAAACAUGCAGCGUGCGGCGAAGUACGCAUCUUGUGCAUCGCACUUGCACAUCUGGCCUGGCCCUGGCACCAAAACCAAGAUGUUAUUUGAUUGAAAUUCCCAGCCCUCGGCCCGUGAGGUGUUCUUUCUAUUGUGCAUUGUGCAGUUUAUUUAAUUUUUGUUUGUCGUGUCGUUUCAAGGAUUGAAAUAAGCAACAAAACGAACAUUCAAAUGGAUUUACCGAAUCUGGCCAAACUGGUCUCUUAUAGUCUGUAUGUUUUCUUCAUUUACAUGAAUAAAAUGUUUUUGUUUACAAAUAACAUAACCUCAAAAAUAAUACACUAUUUCUAAAAAAUAACUUUACAAACCUUCUAAUAGCAUCAUCUAAUUAUUUUAAUAACCCGACGUUUACAAUUUGACAAAAUUCUGGACUAAAUUGUCCAUUUUUUAUAUUUAUUUAUUCUUUAUACUACACGUUAUUUUAUACCAAGAGGUUAAGUAGGUGGCGUUAAGUUGAACCUGUUAUGUUACCAGAUAACGGCUACACGUUAUGAGAUAACGCUUUUAAGAAACGUUAUCUGUCAUACCCUAUCGUUAUCACAUCAAUUUGUAGAAUUUAACGUAAAUGCAGGAUAACGUGCACGUUAUUUGUAACGUGUUUGAUACAUCACAGGGGUGAUUGUCAUCAAAGCUUGCAAGCCAGUUCUUCAUUGCUCGAAGCAAGUGGUGGUCACUAGGUGCAAGAUCCGGACUUUACGGCGGAUGAGGAAACAUCUUCCACUUGAAUUGAAGAGACAAGUUCAUCAGUCACAAUACUUGACUGUCCACUUCGUUCUUCAUCGUGCACAUUGGUUCGGCCAUUUUUGAAUUUAAUGCACCAUUUACGCACUCCACCUUCAGUCAUCACAUCUUUUCCAUAAACAGUACAAAUUUCGCGAUAAAUUUCAAUUGGCUGGCUGUUUUUAGCCAACCAGAACCAUAUUAUUAGCUGAUUGCCAUCUGGUGACCCUUCAAAAUACUCAGAAAUGGUUUCUUAAACUAAUACAUAUAUGGAAAACGAAAAACAUAUCCCUCAGACCAACUUUUUCAUGAAACUCAGAUUCUUGAUGUUCGGCAAUUGUACUGCUUAGAGCUACUUAAAAAAGCAUGUUUGUGCUUUAAAUACUUUUUUUACGUUUAUUUUAUUGUAAGUAAACUUAAAUUGUAAAUUAUUGUAAUAACUAUUGAUUUGAAUAAAGGUAUAUUAUAUUAGAUUAUCGCACCUCACAACUGGCGGGGUUUUCGAUAGCGGCACACAUUUCACACAGCUGUUGUAAAAUAACGAGAAUAGACAGUGACUUCGCUUUUGCACAGCUGGCCAGCUACUGAACGGAGGAACGCCAAAAUGCUAAGAUAGCCGCUCUAGCCCCACCCCUAGCGGCUACAGAUUAAAACGUACUAAAUUUCUGGAUAGCCCUCGUACAUUAAGCAAAUAGUUUUCUUUGGUAUUUAUGUUCAUUUUAUUUAUGAUCUUAUGCAAGGCCAGCGAUAACGAGCCUGCAAGGGAUGCACUGCAGGCGGGCGCCCCUGUUUGGGGGGCGUCAAAAUGACCUUAUUCUCUGCCGGUACUAUACAAAAUACUAAUUUAAAAGAAACCGAAGGGCGCCUAUGCUUCUUUUGCAGGCGGGCGCCUUAUACUCUAGCGCCGGUACUGAUCUUAUGUACCUAUCAUGUUAUUUUUAUGCUAGUAAUCUCCUAUCGCCAAUUUAUAAUAAAUGAGGUUCAAAAAUCAAACCCAUUGGGAAUGCGUCAGAUAAUUUUAAAUCAUGUCUUUGUUCAUGUUAAAGUUGCAGGAAAAAUAGAAACAUCUAUUUAAUAUUUUUAUUAAGAGUUUUUUCUGGAACUACUUUUUUGUGUCUGUGAGAUACUUUUUAUUUCCUUUAUUAUAGAGGGAGAAUGUAUAUAUGUAUACAAGAUUAAAGCAAUCUUAUGAACAAUUUUUAUCCGAUGUCAUAAAAAUUGUAAUAGGAGUCGACUGAAUAAUUUUCUCAGCUGCUCGAAAUUUAAAAAAUGUUUAAAAUUUUUAAUAAAAGUUGGCACUCAACAAUAAAAAGUCCCUUAUUUCAGAAAAAUAUAAAUUGGUAUAUUAAGUCGUGGUUGAUUAUGACAUAAAAUAUAUUGAGAGUACAAUUUUCUGCAAACAUUUAAUGUACAAGCCUUUUGUAUUUAUGAGUAAUUCGGUGAUGUCGCUGAGGGUGAAUUAUACACUAAUUUUAAAGGUUUUUAGUACACAUUUUAAAUAAUAUUAUCAUUGGCCAAAACAAAUUCAGUACCAACAUAUAACUUAAAACAAAAUGAAGAUAAUUAAUCAAAAUUUUCUAAUUUAUCUAAGUAAAUCUUAAUUUACGAGUAAAUGUUAAGAAAUGUUAAUUUACGAGUAAUUGUUUUUUUGUAAUUUUUUUGAGCCGAAAAUAUGGUUUAACAAGCUAUCUAAAAGACUCAUUUAUGGGAUCUACCUGUUUUAUCCCUUAUUUAUAUGAUUCCAUUCCUCUAAUAAUAGUAUCCCGCUAAACUGAAUAUUAAAAAGCCUCUUAGAUAUCUAGUUAGACUUUCAAAUGCGCCGAUUUUAUAUAUUUUCCCUCGUUAUGUAGUAUUCCCAAAGUAUAUUAUUUAGAAAGGAUAUUACUUUUCUUUCUUGGUUGUUUAUUUCUUCUAUUGUGUCGUCUACAUUCCCUUCUUUGUAAUGAUCAAACCCAAGAACUUAUAAUCAAGUAUAUUCAAAUGGGAAAUAAGCCACAAUUUUACCUAAAAAUGAUUUUAUUAACGUUUCGACGCCCAAGUCGGGUGUCGUUGUCAAAAUACAAAAUAAUACUAAAUAAACAAAAAUGGUGUUGCUUAGUAAAAAAUUCUUCUAAUAAUUUAUUUAAUCUGACUCAUUUAUAUCGGCAAUUCAGACACGUAUUAUACAUUUUAAAGUAGACGACUUUAAAAUGAUAUUGCCAAUAUUGAUGAGUUGCAUUAUAAAUAAAAUUGUGGCUUAUUUCCCAUUUGAAUAUACUUGAUUAUAAAAAUGCCACAAGAAAAUAGCUUCAGAACAACACCAAGAACUUAUAUGUGUCAAAAUGUCUGACAAUUUCUCUAUCUUCCAAUGCGAGGUCUUGCUGUAUCCCAUUCAUACACUGUUUUUCUUUCUUUCUUAUGCUUAGUUCAAGCCUCCAUUUUUUAUAUUCCUCAACUAAUAUCCUUGUCAUAUAUUCAAUAUCUUCAUACUCUUAUGCUAUUACUAGUUGGUCAUCUGAAAAUUAUAAUGUCUAUAUAGUAAUUUUUGUUUAACGGCAAUCCCAUAUUUUUGCAUUUGCUUUUCUAAAGGUUUGAAUGAAAGUAGUGAAUGGUCAAUAGUGACAUCAUCAUCCAGCUUCUUCUUUUGUCCACUGAAUCCCGCUCUUGUCUCAAUCGUGACAUAUCUGCCCUGAAUCCCACUUGUUCUUCUGCUUUUAUAUCUUUAUAUUUAUUUUAUAUUCUACCUUUAAUCACUUUUCCGUAUAUUCUACUGACUUAGUUUGCCACAGCUAUGCCUCUAUAGUUGUCAUUGCUCUCCUUUCUUGUCACUGCCGUCCUUUCUGCCUUUCUUGUGAAUGGUAGAUAUGAAUGAUGUCUCAAUUCUUCUGGGAUUUUCGCUCCGUUUAAUGCAACUUAGAAUCCUAAGGGAGUGGUAUAGUUGUAGCUCAGUAAAUAUUUUCAGAACAGCCUCUAAUAAGGUACGGAUAGCUGUGAUGAUAGCCAACCUCCAAUAAGAGAAGGAACUACAAGAAGAAGAAUGCAACUUUCGUAAAGUUGGUCUAGUCUUUCAUAUAGUUUUGCUUUGCCGUAUUUUAUUAGUUCAGAAGGGUGUUUCCUGGGCCAGCGCUUUAUUUUUUUAACGAUUACAUACCUUUUCUACUUCCUUCGAUGUUAUUCGUCUAAGUGAGGCUAGACUAUAUAUAUUAGGGGUUUAGUUCUUAUCUUUAAAGUCUGGUGGGUCUUCAUUUAAAAAUUUUUCGAAGUACUCAUCCCAUCUAUCAGUUUAUAUAUUGAUAUGCAUAUUAUGCAUGUGCAAAUAAAGCAGGUGUAAUAUGUUUGUUCACAAAAAUACCAAAAAUAUUAAAAAUGUAGUUACGUUUGUGUGACCCUAAGCCCACGAGUUGUAAUUGGUGAUAUUAUGUCUCUGUUCUAUUCCUCUCGUAGUGAUUUGCGCGCGCUCAAUAUACGUGGUAGGUAUGUCAUGUGUGCGCGCAUCAAUGUGCGUUUAAAACCAGUGGCGGCUCGUGAUUUUUACAAUAGGGGAGACUAUACCUAACUCUAAAAUAUCUAGACAAAUUUGCACUAGCAAACAAAUGCGCCAAUAAAUGUAAUAUAAGGCCCCAUUUUUUAUUUACAUUUCAUAAUAUCAUCAUAAUUCAUAAUUUCAUAAUAUAUCAUUUUAAAAAUAAUUAGUUUAAUUAUAAAAGUUUAAUACCAAAGUUUGUGUCGUUUAUUUGUUAACAAUUCCAUCUUUGUAAGUAGAUAUGCAUAUCAAAAUAAAUACAGAUUUGAAGUUUUGCAGUUCAUACAGGUUGAAGAUUCACAUUUUUUCUUUUUUAAGAUACUUAACUGAAUUUUUUUAAUUCUAAACGCGGCUUACUGCGAAUCCAAAAACAUGACAAAUUACCGAUAUUUUGCUUUGCGUUACAAAUAUCGGAAAAAGUUGUUUGAACAAGUUGUUCCAAAUAUUAUUCUAACCCCAAAUACCAAAUUACAAAAUUCGCACUUUUAGUUUUUUCAUCAUUUUUAGUCAUGACCCCAGGGUUCUGCCUAUAAUAAUAAUAAAAAAACUGAGGCGGAAUCAUGCGUUCUAAUGCUAAUGCUCCGUGCGUAUGGAUAUUUAGUGAUAAUAUGAAAUUUACACGUUGUAUAAUAGUGAGAGUGCUUGUUGUUUUUCUCGAUUCAAGAUAAACAAAACAGUGUAGCGUGUGUGAACAAUUUAUGGGGAGGCUAAGCCUCCCUUGCCUCCUCUGACGAGCCGCCACUGUUUAAAACUAUCGGGAGCUCACGCAUCGUUGAACGCGUAUUUACUUGAAUAUAAUUCCUAAAAUUUUAAAUGAGUUUUGCUAACGUCUUAUUCCUUAUGUACUUUUUACACUAAUACACUUUAUACUCCUAGUUCUUAAAAAUAUAAGUACCUAUAAAAAAAUACUGAAAAAUUCAGUUUUUUCUAGUGCUGUAGUUAUUUAGAUCUAGUACAAUUUACUCAGUGACAUCGUCGAAUUACCUCUAAAUAUUAACAGAAUAUCGAUUUAUUAUAAAAAAAUAAAAUUUCACUACUUUCUUUUCACGAUAAUUUAUUCUGUAUAAAAAAUAAUUUUGUAAUUAAAAGUUACUUAAUCUUUUUAGCAAACAAAAACGAAAUUAAGUAGUACUAAAAAUCGAUAUUCUUUGUCCUAGUUCUCUUGUGCAAUUGUAGAUUUAGAAGAAGAUUUUAUAUAUUUUUAUACUUUCAACAAACCUAGUUGUCUAAAUACUCUUAUAACUCUAAUCCAAUAGUUUCUUUAAAUAUAGACCAAAUUUGAUUCCAAAAUGUUUAUAUCUACAUUUUUUGUUCCAAAAAUUGGUGAUUUUAAUGUCUAUAUUUGAUGGAAUACCUAUAUGGAUUUAGAUAUAAUGAAUGAAGGUACAUUCCAGAAUGCUGGAAUGCUACUAUUUGUAGAAUGUCUUCUUGAAUUAUGAAAUGCGUUAAAUAAAAAAAAUACAAUUUUAAUUUAUGAUUUUAUGCGUAAUACGUGCUUAUGUUUCCUAAAAUUAAAUAAUUUUGUACAUAGAAGUGAAAUCAGGCUAAGUAGAAAAUCAUGUGUUUAAUUUAUUUUUAUCGAAAGUUUUUAAGUUGUCAUUUGUCUACAUCUUCUGUGUUAGAAAUUACGUUGUAAUUUUUCGUAUUGAAAAACAAAUUUUAUGGUUCAAGAAUAUUUCUUCCUAGAAAAAAAUGUUUAUUUGUAAAUAUUUCUUGAUGAGUUGGAUCCCUAGAGAUUUUAUAGCAGACUGUAAGUAAGAAUAUUCUAUAAAGAACUCUAACAAAGUGAUAUGUGGAGAAUUUGAUCUCGUGAUGAAUGAAACCUGGUGACGCAGAUAUAAUAAGUUUUAAAAAAUAGUGUGAUAUUAUUUAAUAUUUUUGAUUUGUUUUUAUCAAUACGGAGUGAGACAAAAGAAUUUCCGAAACAUGCAAUUUCUGAUCCUAUUGAAUCUUUUAACAUUACUUGAUAUUAGUAUAAAUCAUAUAAUAUACAUAACCUGUUUUUUGAUAUUUUAUUUAUUAAAGAAAUUUAAACCUCUGUGGUGUAUAAAAAUUCUUCUUAUUUGGGCGCCGUACGGUACGCAGUGUGUACGCGUUAAUACUGGAAGUCGAAUGUACAAUGAUCUUUCUUACGCUCUUCUUAUCAUACUCAAAAUCAUAUAUAGGAGAUGUUAUUUCGUAGAAUAUGGCAAGUAUGAAAUAUUUCGCUUGAGAGAUGAGAUCUACAUCACGAUUAUGUUUGGACAUUAGCUCUUCUUAGGAUCACAACACUUUUUGUUGCAUGGUGCUAAAACACCAGCUCCAGGUCUACGUUAAAGUGACCAGGUCUCACUUUCGUACAUGAGGAUAGGUCAUAUGUAGCAUUUCAAGAUCCCGAGUCUAAGGUUUAAAGGAACUUUACGGUUAGGGAGGUAUUUAUAAAAUUUAACGAAGAUGUUUCUAGCCUUUGCUCUCUUAGCUUCACUUCCAGGUUACAAUCCCCCUUGCUGUUUAAGGUAUUAAGCUCCAAGGUAUUUAAAUAUGUCUACCCGUUUAAUAGCUCUAUUAUUUAUAUUAAACUGACGUCUAUUAUGGUCAUAUCGUCAGCAUAUCUUAAGUAUUAAUAGGAACACCAUUAACUUUAAGAUAAAUUUGACCAUAAAUGUUGAACAGUAGUGGGAGAGAAUACAACAUUGUCUUACGCCUUUUCUUAUCGCCAUUUCUUAUGUGUAGGUAGGUAUUGGCAGUUGGUGAUCUUUAGUUCCACUUGUUAAUUCCAAUAUAAAUUUUAGUACUAUAUCGGGUACUCUCGCUUUCUAUAUACGUCACCAGCAUCGAUAAGCAUUGUAUUCGUUAUUUUUCCCUACUUUCUAUCACUUGUUCUAUGUUCUACGUUGCGAGAUAGUAUAUUGUUUAUUUGAAUAUAUAUGUAAAUAUAAACCGUUUUUAGGCGUCAAUGCCCUUCCGGUAGGGAUCUAUUGGGGAGUAUCACUGAGCCGCAAGCCUGUAACCCUUGCCGAUCUGCUCCCCAAUAUGUAGGGCAUAUAUAUUUGAAUAUGUACUUUUAUUUAAUUGAUUUUAUGACUCGGUGGGUUGGCGGAUUUACUUCAAUCUGAGAAGAUUCCUGAGUUCAUGGUUCGAGUUUUUAAAUAUAUAAAAAGACACAGAUCCACAGUGAAUCGUUGGCUUUCUGAGAGAACUGGAAUAUUCAUAGACUCUUGUAUCCUUUGCUUCCGAAAAUGAUAAUUCAGCUGUUUUUAAUUGGACCAAUAUCAUAAUAGAAAUCUUUCUGUUUUUCUUUCAGCUACAUUACCUUUAAUUAUAAUAAUUAUUUUGAUAACCUCGCCCUUUGUCUGUUUAUGUGUCCAAAAUGUAAGGAAUUCUGGGUUGAUCUGUGUGAGUAGUAUCGAUUUGUAUCUUUCAUUGAUGAUAAACUUUGCUUGGAUAAGAGAUUAGUAGGUAGUCUCUGGUAGUUGCUGCAAUCGUGAAAUCUAUUGCUGAACCUUUUUUGUAGGAGGAAUAAAAGUGAGCCUACACCAGCAAUUUGGCCAAUUUCUAAUCUUUUACAUUUCUUUACAGAUUUAAAACAUUACUUCAUUUCCUAUUUUUUUUCAUUUCUUUUAUUCCAUAGUUUCUCUGAUCCUACACAAUUUAAGUAGGUAUAUUGGAUGUGCAUAUCUUGUUGUCUAACUAAUAGGUCAAAUACUAAUAUAUAGGUCUAAAUACCUCUGAUAAAAUAAUUAUCUGGCAUUUUAACUACUAGUCAUAUUUUUUAAUAGAAUAGAAAAAAUAUAAAAUUCGCAUUUUUGGUUGAUAUUGGCUUCUUGUAUACCCUCUUUGUAUUACUUGACAUACAUUAUUUUACACAUCUUGGUCAUCUCUGCUGUCCACUCUUUUUAUAGUUUAAUUUAUUAAACUCUUCAUUCGUCUUUGUAAUAUUCAGAAUUUUGAAACAUUGUUUUUAUUUCUGGUUUUGGUUUAUCGGUAAUACAGAAAAAAAUUGUGCUUUCUUUAGAAAUAUUUUUAAUGCCAGUAAUAUUCUCAAUUCUUUUCUCUCCAUAUACAAUUAUUGAGACAUUUUACCAGUUAGUUUUAUUUAUUCCACAAAUAAAUUUGCUACUUAUUUAUUGUACAUUUUUCCUACAAUAGGGUUUGUAGGGUCUGUAGGUCAAUAGGGUCUGUAGGGUUUCCUACAUUUUUUGGUUAUUGUUUUCUUGUAAUACAGAUAACUUUUUGGGCUUUUAUUAGAAUGGACUGUCAUAUUUUUAAUCUUUCCUUGGGAGUUUACAGAGUGUUUUCAAUUUAUUUACUAAUUUAUAUAUAAUAUGCGCAGAUUUUUCAAUGGUUUAAGUCUAGGUAAUAUUAGUAAAAAUUUGUUAAAUAAUAGAGUAAAAUAAGAACAGAAGUUACUAUCCAAUUCUUUUGUCUCAAUCUGUAUGACUUGUUAGAAGUUUCAAAUUAUUUUUAUUUAAAAUAAAAGUUCUGUAGAUCAGAAUAAACAUGUACAUAAUAAUAUUUGUUUUUUUAUUUUGUAUUUAUUGUACUAUUGUUCCUGAUUUUAUAUUUACUUCAUAAGUUGUCUUUUUUUAACAUAAGUCAUUCCUAUAGAUGUUUCAGUUCUUCAUAUUUAUUUUGCUUCUAGUAUCAUCGGCGGCGUUUAACAUGAUGUACCAAAGUAAUCCUACAGAAUUUUGCUAUAGUUUAGAAACAAGUUACAAUUUUUUAUUUUCAAUCUCAUUGUGUUUGCGCAUGUAUUUCGUCAUAAUGAUAUGACCGUUACGUACGCCAGAAUAAAAUUGUGUGUAUACAGUUAUGAGCGAGCUAAUAACCGGCAAAAUAACGCAAAAGAUGAAAAACAUCAUAAAACAUCAUACGUUUUGAAAUAAAAAGAGAUGAAACUAGUAGAGGUGUAAAGUAACUGCCACUGUGACAGUUUGACUCCGAUACAUCCAAAGAUGUGAAACUAUCAAAAUAAUGUAAAUUUAUAGGUUUCUAUUGAUAAUUUCCCACCUCUACUAGUUUCAUAUCUUUUUAUUUCACAACGUAUUUAUCUUUUCCGUUAUUUUGUUGGUUAUUAGCGCACUCCCCGCUGUAUAUGUAUAAAAGAUAACUAUAAAAAUAAGAAGUGAAAAUAUAUUGGCAGAAUUUAUUUUAGAAAAAAAUUCCUCACAACUUGCCUUAUGGUUCUUGGCCAUGAUUCUUCGAAAUACGGUUUUAGAAGCAUUCUUCUUCUUGAUGUGCCUAUCCGUGGCGAUCAUCAUAGUAAUCCUUAUCUUAUCUACAGCAACGGCGGAAAAGCUGUACAGGUCUUCCUGGAUCUCGCUUUCCAAAUAUUUUUCCUUGUAGGAUGGUUUGUAGGUCAUAUAUUUCGCAUUAUUUGUCCGAAUAUUGUAACUUUCGAGAUUUGAUGGUGGUUAGUACUUCUCGGUUCUUCCCCAUUCUUCUAAGGACCUCCUCAUCAUAGGCGUAACCAGGAUGAUCCUAAGGGGGGUUACAACUACCUGAAAGGGGGGGGGGGGUUACAACUACUGGAAGGUCUUUGAGGGCUAUGGUGUUAAGCGUAUAGAGCUCAAAGUACAUCCCAAUGGGGGGGUUACAACCCCCAAAACCCCCCUGGUUACGCCUAUGCUCCUCAUUUUUAGAAUAUUAAGAAUUUUUCGAUACAGCCACAUCUCGAUUGCUUCAAAUUUUCUGCACAUAUUUUCGCAAAGGUCCACGAUUCAACACCAUAAAAAAUUACAGAGAAGAUGUAGUAUCGUAACAUUCUUACUUUUAUAUCCUAAGAAGACCCCAUUUGGUUGAAGCUGGAUCUAGCUUUUCCGAUGCAUUUCUUGGUUGUUGGUUGAUUCUUCAUUUAGUAUGGUCCCAAGGUAGUUGCACCGCGUCACUCUUUCUACAUGGGUUUUAUUGAUGUAGGAUUGACCUUCUGUUGUAUUUUUCUUGCUAAUGACCAUAAGCUUUGUCUUUUUUACAUUUAUAUUGAGUCCAUAUUGUUAACUGUAAUUCGUGAUUUUGUUUAUGGGGACUUGAAGGUGUUCUAGGUUGUCCGCAAAUACUAUGGUAUAUAGUAUAUCUGAUGUUUAGUUGGUAUCCUUUUAGUAGAGUACCUUUUUCAGUUUCGAUCAAUAUUCUUUCCGAAUAGAGAUUGAAGGUUAUAGGAGAUUACAGCCUUACCUCAUUCCACGCAUGAUUUUCAAAUAUUCAGUGUGUUCACCUUUAAUUUUCACAUAUUAGUUGUCUUCAGCAUUAAAGUAGGAUACAGUUGUUAGCAUAUUUUACAAAAUUCAAAGUAAAUACAAAAAAAUUUCAUUAGGAGACUCUUCUUCCCUGCCUUCCCUUACCUACGAACGGAGUUAUAUGGGCACACUUUAUAUAAUCCAUAUUUCCUCUGCUUAAUAGAAUCCACUUUUACAGCUUUUUCGCAGUUCUGUUAGAAUUCGUAAAAUACUUGUAGCGUAGACUUUGUAGGAACUGCGUAGGUUGAUUUUGUAGGUACUUUUCUACUCUGACUUAAAUGAUCUUUUAUUUCGCCAUACAUCUACUUCGAAAAUCUAAAACUUGAAUAUUUUGGCCAUGUUAUGUGACAUUCAGAGAGAUAUAAUAUACUCCAUUUAAUAAUACAAGGCAAGGUAGACGGAAGAAAAGGGCCAGGUCGAAGAAGAACGUCAUGGCUUAAAAACCUGAGAGAAUGGUAUAACAGAUCCUCUGCAUCCCUUCUCGGAGCUGCCGUUAACAAAAUUGCUAUAGCCAAUUUGAUAGCCAACGUUCGAUAAUCGAGCACGGCACAUGAAGAAAGAAUACAUCUACUUUUAUGGCUUUUGGAUAGAAGCGCCUGCUGUUGACGCCUCUUUUGUCUCAAGGAAUAAUUGAUGUUGUGCUGCGCUACUCAUGUUCGCUUGCUAAAUGUUUUAUGUCCUUCCUGAACUUUGUCGUGGUUUUCCUAGUCACUUUUUAGUUCCUUUUCAUGUUCAGAAGAAGUAUGUUCUUCUUUUCUAUUUGUUUUGGUUUGUUCCUAGUCCAUUCUUGUAUUACUAAUAAUAAUAAUAGUCUCCCAUUUUAUGCCGCUGUGGCUUUGGGAGUAUAGCAGGGAAGUCUGCUAUAUCUAGGGCCUACGGUAUACAAAGAAGGUAACGGGGCCAGUGCUACGCUUCAAUCGCCUAUUAUUACCCCUGGUUUUACCCAAGGUACUCAUUUUAUUCAGGCUGAGUCGACCUGGGGCCUAUAGACAUUUUAAAAAUGUAUAGCUGUUCUUGCCGGCCGUAGGAUUCGAACUCCGGACCACCGGCACGCGAGCCAAGCACACUACCGCGUAGCUACGCCGGCCCUAUUCAUCUUCCUAUUGGGGAACCGUCUCCCGCAGUUUUUACUACUCUAUGUGUUGUCAUUGGGCUUAUGUGAUCGCUCCAUUUUACUCUUCUGUUUCUUACCUAGUCAUUGAUGUUUUCCAACAAGCAUAUUCCGUCGUAUCUAUGUACUUAUAGCCUCUGUCCCACAUUGUCUUACAUACCAUUGAUUUUUCUACGGGUUUCAUCUCAGCAUUAUUUUUGUCCUCUCUUUGUCAGGUCUGCCGCGAAUAUCAUUAUUGGUCUGACGACUGUUUUGUAAAUGAUGCCUUAUAUUUCUUUCCCGAUAUUUUUUCUUCAUAUUAUUUCAUUCAGACAACCUGUGGAUCUGUUCGCCCUAUUUACUUGAUCUUCCACUUCUGUUUCGAGCUUUCCGUAGCUAAGAAGUGUUAUGCCUGAAUAUACAGGGUGUGCCGAAAAAAUUGGUCAUAAAUUAUACCAGACAUUCUGGAGUCAAAAAUAGUUCGAUUAAACCUAACUUACCUUAGUACAAAUGUGCCCAUAAAAAAAGUUACAGCCCUUUGAAGUUACAAAAUGAAAAUCAAUUUUUUUUUCAAAGUAUCGAAAACUAUCAGAGAUUUUUAUUGAAAAUUGACAUGUAUCAUUCUCAUGGGAGGAGCAUCUUAAAAAAAAUUAAAGAGACAUUUGUGCACCCCAUAAAAUUUUUAUGGGGGUUUUGUUCCCUUAAACCCCCCAAACUUUGUGUACGUUCCAAUUAAUUCAUUAUUGUGGUACCAUUAGUCAAACAGAACGUUUUUAAAACUUUUUUGCCUCUUAGUAUUUUUUCUAUAAGCGAGUUUUUAUCGAGAUGCGGCUUCUUUUUUAAUAUAUUUACACACAAAUUUUAUGGGGCUUUUGUUCUUUAAACCCCCAAAUGUUUGAGUACGUUCUCAAUUAAAUUAUUAUUGUGGAACCAUUAGUUAAACACAGCGUUUUCAAAACUUUUUUGCGUCUUAAUCGUUUUUUGAUAAGUCACCUUUUAUCGAGAUGUGGCUUCUUUUUCAAAAUAUACCUAAAAAUGCACAAUAUGAGUAAAUUUUCAGAUUGUAACAGGUCUCUAUAAUCGUACUUAACCAUAUACAAAUAUGUGGUGGAUUCGACAAAUAUUCAAAAUAUCUCGAUAAACACUGGCUUAUCGAAAAAGUACUAAGAAGCAAAAAGUUUUAACACUGUGUUUUUAAAGUUAAAAAAGUUUGGGGGGUUUAAGGGAACAAAACCCCCAUAAAAUUUUAUGGGUUGCACAAAUUUCUCUUUAAUUUUUUUAAAGAUGAUGCUGCCAUAAGAAUGCCUCACGUCCAUUUUCAAUAAAAAAUCUCUAAGAGUUUUCGAUAUAUGAAAAAAAUCGAUUUUCAUUUUGUAACUUCAAAGAGCUGUAACUUUUUUGUGUGCACUAUUGUAUAUAGGUAAGUGAGGUUCCAUCAACCUAUUUUUGACCCCAGAAUCUGUGAUAUAAUUUAUGACCAAUCUUUUCGGGACACCCUGUAUAUUUAAACUCCUAAAGGUGAUUCUUGUAAGAACAAAUAAACUUAAAAAAGUAAUGAAUUUAUUUUGUAAUAAGGAGCGUUAUGAAAAGAAUUAAAUUAAAUAUUACCUAAAAGACACUAAUACAAAAAUUAGAGGUAUCAAAAUAUUUUCGUCCAUAUUCACUGGACUAUUAUUAAAUACACAAAUCCAAAUCUCAGUUUUUCUGUAGAAUUAUUUUGGAAACGAAACACCUGCCAAUGUCUUAUAGUUUUAUUAAUAUUAAACUGACUUUAGCAAAUAUACAACUUUCUUGUAAAAAUUCUCGUAUAUCUUGUAAAUAUUGUAUAUAUGUUUUUUAUUUUAUAUGUUAUCGAUUGUUUUCAAAAGCUGUUAUAAAUUCUAGACACCGCUUUCUUUUUCCAAAAAUUAUCAAAAUAUUUUUAUUUUAUGUAAAUGUUUACAGAAGUGUAGAGAAUGAAAAAUCUGAAACUAUGUAAUCACUUCAACUCGUAGUUUGGAUAUUUGUGUUCGCGCGAAACGCAAUACAUUUUUAUAGACUGUAAUAAUAAAUCGAUUUCAAUUUAAAUGCACCAAUUUUAUGGUUUCUAAAUUUUGUUUCACCUUGAAUGUACCCUACCAAUAUUGCAGUUAUUCCAAGAGUCCUGGAAAACAUUAAAUAACUCGAAAAACAAGUAAAAUCCGUUAUAAAAGGUAUAUUCGUUAAAAUUCCCUAAAAAGGGCUACAUCACAGAGCCAGUUUUCGAUCGGAUAACCGAUCAUCAUCAGUGCUGAUAUAAUAACCACCAAAAUACAAAAAUAUACGUGUAAAAACCCUUUAACAUUGAUCUGUCAUGGAAAUAUAGAUUAAAUUCGUGAACUUGGACAUGGAUGUACAAAAUAUCCCAUGUAUUCUGCUCGAGAUACCAUUUGAGCCCAAAUUGACUUGUUCACAUGUUGAAUAGAUGAAGGCAUGCCAUGUUUCCAUGACGGAUCAAUUUUAAAGGGUUUUUACCCGUAUAUUUUUGUAUUUUGGUAGAUCACUGAUGAUGAUCGGUUAUCCGACCGAAAACUAGUUGUGUGAUGUAUCCCUUUUUAGUGAAUUUUAACAAAUAUAUAUUUUAUAAAAGAUUUUACUUGUUUUUUGUAUUAUAUGGUAUACAACCAACUACAGGAAAACUUUUUCCUCGUGGUUUUUUAAAGUAACUCGGACAUGAAAUAAUUUUAAUCUUUUUUUCUUUAAUCACAGUGAUCAUACAUCGUCAUCAUUGGCUCUACAACCCAUGGUGGGUCUUGGCCUGUUCCAGAAUCAUCUUCCAUUCCUUCCUAUCCUUCGCCUUGGUUUUCCAAUUUCGCACUUCUAACACUCGCGCAACUCGUCUUCCACCAUUCACACAUGAUCUCAUUGAUCAUACACUAAACUAUAAUUCUUCAUCUUAAGGUGCCGUGUUCUUUAGAAGGUUGGUGAUCAUCAUGACUACCUAUUUGUAUUCUGUUUAUAGCUUCUCUAAAAAGCUGGUAAGACGAGCAAUUAAACCACUCGCUGAGGUUGCAAUCUUUCUCUGCACGAUGUUCUGCAGAAUCCGGUAUCUUGUUCCUUUCAUCACGUGGCCAAGGUAUUGUAGUUUUCGUAUCUUCAUUACUUAGUUCUGUUUCUUUUAAAAGUCUACGCAAGACAUUCUUUUCUCAUCGUUGAUUAAGUCCGUCAUUGACUUAUUAAUAGUUAAAUACAAUUUUUUGUACUAGAACCUGGGCUAGUGUAGGUACAUCGACACUAGUUACUUAAAACAGGGUUAAAGAUGCAGUGGCGCCGGAAGAGUCCGAAAGGAUCUCCCCGGAAAAAUGCCAUACGAUAUUAUUAUUAUUGUACUUCAAGUUCGCGUAGGAGUGUCUUGUCCAUUGAAUUCUUCAUCUUCUUCAAGUUCCAUCUUCUAUUGAAGAUAGGAAAUCAUCAUGACAAUCAUCUCUAAAUAGUUCUGCACUACUGCAUUCAAACCAUUUCCUCAAGUUCAUAAGCCAGGAAGUCCGUCUUCCCACAUUUCGCUUUUCUUGAAAUUUGCCUUGCAUAAUAAGUCGUAAAAAUGAGUUCUAAGAAUGAAUUCUUCCUCAGUUGAGCAUAAUCCAUUUAGUCUUGAGAUGUUUAGUGGUUGUGUUACAGAUAAUAACAGUACAUUAGAGUAUAUUUCGUUAACUAAUGCAACCCAUUGAUUGUGAGAAAAUAUCGGAUUUGAUCACAACCUCAGUAGUUCAUAAGUGCUGAUAGAUCAGGUUUCAGCUUACCGUGCUAAAUGAUAUUGAUUCCAAAUACCGAAGGAUAUAGCUUAUCUACACUGUUUUUCGGUAUUAAUGUAAACUGUAGGUUCCAUAUCUUGGCAUCCAUUUUAGUACAUUUUUUCGCUAGUGGAUAUACAUAAUAUUUACUUACUGGAAAUGUUAUAUUUUCAUGUUAGUAUAUAAAAUAUAGUAUUCAUAGUACAUUUCUAGAUUUCAAUUCUGAUACAAGUAAAUGCAAACUUUCCUCUCUAUUAUCACGUUUAACGUUUUCAUCUUCUUCAUCUCUGUCAAUAUUUGCAUCAUAUUUUGUAAGAUUUUCACAUGAAUUUUUCACUUUGCUCUAACUUCAUAUCUGUGUAUAAUUAUACUACCUAUCAUCAUGAAGAGAUCGUCAGAGAUCUUUCAUACCUCUAUAUGCUUGGAAUCUAAGAUGACACUACAUUAUACGUUAAGUAUACAGGGUGUCCCCGAAAAUAGAGCGUUCCUUAAAGGUAUAGGUAGAAGGCACCAUGUAGAGCAAAAAAGUGUUAUAACGUUUUGUUCUAAAUGCAACCGUUUGGCUAAAAAACCAAAAUAUAUUUUGGUAUGCAAAUUGAAAUCUGACAACUAUGUAUACAAAAAUCUAAACAUAGACAAUCACAAUUCAAAAAUAGUUGCAGCAUUUUAGCCAUAGGUAUUUACAUUAAACCCUGUCUUCAUCCUAAACAAACAAACAAAUUCUUGUUUUCUUGGAUUUUCAAACAUGGAGUGGUACAAUUAUUUUGCAGGUGUACCUGUCUGACCUACAUUUUGUGGUGUCAAUAAACUAAAUCACAAACAGUUCUUGUACAGUGAUGCCAAAUUAGUUAAUUUUAUGAAAAUAAAAGUUCGCUUAUAUGGCGUCAAUGUAAUUUUUUUUUGGAAACGGUAAACUUUAGAAAAAAUGUUAUAGGACUUUUUUGUUCUACCUUGUGUAUUAUAUCCAUACCUUAAAGGAACGCACUAUUUUCGGGGACACCCUGUAUAUCUAGAUUGAUUGUCACCACGUCUCUAACCAGUUCCACUUCGUUUUUGCUAUUCUUUUCAUAUCCAGUUUUGCUCAGUUUUAUUUAUUUUGUAUCUAUUUCAAGAAUGUUUUUUGCUGCAUUUUUUUUAACAAAAUCGUUUAUUUUUAACUGUUAAAAAUUUCGGAUGAUGCAUGUAGUUGUUGAAUUUUGUUUUGUUUCCAGUUACAAAAAUUACAAAAAUCUCUUAUUUUUAUUCACCUACCUGGACUAUAUUUUAUUGCGGAUAUUGAAAACGCACUGUUGCCACGUGUAUAUAAACAAUCUUAUUCAUCUUAUUAGAAUUUUGUUGUGACCGAAAUUUUCCAUUGAAAAUGAGCAGUUUCUAUUUUCUAGAUCAUAAACAUAAACAAACGAGUUCUGUAGAAGUUUUGUAGAUAUAAUCUCUUUUAUUCAAUAAAUUGUCAAUGAAAAUAUAUGAUUAUAAUAUUUUUUAUAAUUUCGAUUAUGUGAUAAUUGAUGGUGGGAAAUCCAGUACAUUUUAUAACAAUGGUUUCUUGUGAUAAUAUUCUAGUAGUAUUAAAAUGACAUUCAUUUUAUGAUAAGCCAUUUAAUUAAUUCUGUUUUUGGAAUAAUUAUAUUAUAAUGAUAAAAUAAUUAUAAUAGGUCUUGUGCCCACACCUAAAAAAAUUAUUACCUCCCUCAUGACACUUUUUUUAUUUAGUUAUUCAUGCCGAGUCGGACAACUUUUCGAAAAAUUUCGGAAAAUUAAAAAUUUGUCGGACAAUAUUACCAGUUAAUUGCAAAUAUUUUUAUCAAAUAAUCCUGCAAAAAUAUACUGUGAGGGUACAAAUUUUAUGACACUCUAUUUGAUAAAAAUACUUACAAUUUAUUGGUAAUAUUGUUCGACCUGUCUGACACACCAAAGUUUAGAAAGAAACCUCUAUAUUUACGAACGUCCCCUCCCGAAAAUUUUCCGAAUUAGAACAGUUGUCCGACGCGGCGUGAAUAACUAAAUAAACGAAGUCUCAUGAGGGAUGUAAUGAUUUUUUUAAAGUGUGAGCCCAAGGUCUGUAAUAAUGAGGCUCCCAAAUUGUGCUACUUUCCUGUAUCUACGUGUUCCUCCCUUGGUCAUAAUUUGCUGCUGAAACAAAAUUUGAAGCUUUUGGUCACUUUGGCAGCUAAUUUUUUAUCACAUAUGGAAUAUUUUAUAACAAAAUUCAAGUAAAUAUUCUUAAGAGAAUAUCAAUCACCAAAAUUUGAUUUGGUGACAUUAUGUUAAAAUAACUAGGUACUACCAACUGAAAGCUUUUGAAAACAGUCCGUAUGAAAACUUCAUGUCCAGAUUGCCUAACAAAACACAAAAUAGUUGUAAUGUAAAGGUUGGUAAAAAAUGUAUAAUAGUGCCUUUUAUCAGUGCCUCUAAUAUAAAUAGUGUAAAACAAUCAAUGAAGUUUUCAGUGCCUAUACUUGGAAAGUAUUAAAUGGAGUUAAAGAUUGUAUAUUUUGUAAAAUGUUUUGCAAUGUAUUUUAAUGAAACAAAAGAGCUUUUGUAAUAAAAAAGAAAUAAAAUUCAGCUUUGUCAUUUAUAAGAACAAUAAAUUGUUUCUUUUAA